AUGUCUGGCUUUUAAAAUGUUGGUAACACACACCUCACACUCAUUCACUCUCUCGGGUGGCUUUUUUUUUUGAAAGGGUGCUGCUUUUUUUAGGGCAAAAAAAUAAAAUAAAAAAAAAAUAACCCUUUUUUCCCUAUAAAUAAAAUAUACAUAUAUAAAAAAAUGGCUACUAAUAUGGAGAUGUCCUUAAGUUACCCUGCCUCCAAGUUUGAGGCUGAUAACACUUUGACCAACCCCGUCGUUUUGGAAAAGUAUCAACUUGCUGCUGAUAUCGUCAACGCUGUUCUCCCUAACGUUGUUAGCAAGGUUUCUGCCGGUGUUUCUGUCUGCGAUCUCUGUCAAUACGGUGAUGAUCUUAUUGAAGCUCAAACCAAGAACAUGUACAAGUCUACUGAAAGAGGUAUUGCUGUACCCACUUGUGUUUCCGUCAACAAUUACAUUCAAUAUUUCUCUCCUCUUGCUGAAAACGACAUUACCUUGAAGGCUGGUGACAUUGUCAAGAUUGAGUUGGGUGUUCACAUUGAUGGUUAUAUUGCUACUGCUGCUCACACCACCAUCGUUGCCAACACAACGGGAGAACCCGUUACCGGUAGAGCUGCUGAUGUAGUUGCUGCCACCCAUUUUGCAUAUGAAGCUGCUAUUCGUAUGCUCCGUCCCGGUGUCAAGGCUUCUGAAAUCACUCGUGUGAUUACCGAGAUUGCUGCUUAUUUCCGUUGUCAACCCGUUGAAGGCACCUUCUCAUCUCCCAUGAAGAGAUUUGUUUUACGUGCAGGAAAGGAUAUCGAGAACCGAUUCUUGGACGAAUUGAUUGUUCAAGAUUUAGAUAAAUUUGAUUUUGAAGUUGAAGCUAACCAAGUGUAUCAAUUAAAUGUGAUUUUGUCUACUGGAUCUGGCGAAGUCAAGAACACAGAAUAUAAGCCCUUUGUGUACCAAAGAGAUGUGAACAAGUCAUAUCAACUCAAGAUGAAGUCUGCUCGUCAAGCUUAUGCCGAAGUCAAUGCUAACCACACAGUUUUCCCUUUUGCCACACGUUCUUUAUCUGGUAACAUGGCCCGUCUCGGUCUCACCUCUUUAUUGUAUCAUGAGCUCAUUACUGCUUACCCCGUGAUGCGCACCAAGCUCCCCUCGGAUGUUGCUGCUCAGUUCAAGGGCACUGUUCUUGUUACUGCUGAAGGACCUGUCCGUAACACACGUGCCUUGCAACUCCCUUAUGUUCACUCUCAAUACUGCAUACCCGAAUUCACCACUGCCGCUAAUGUCUUGAAGACACCUGCUGUGAAGGAGAUCAGACAAGCCAAGGCUUUGCCUUCUGUCGAAGUCACUUUUGGUGAACGUCGUAUUGAGAAGGAAGAUGUUGAGAUGGACAUGGAAUAAAGAAAAAGUUAUUAAAGAAACCUUAGAUAUAAACAGACAGGAAAUUGAUAUUAGACCCCCCCUUUUCUUUCAAAAAAAAAAAAAAAAAAAAUAGUGAUUGCAUCCUAACCCCCAUUUUCCAUACUGUCGUGUAAAUAACAAAUGGAUACAAGAAUAAAUUAUAUUUUUUUUUUUAAAAAAAAAGAAGAAUGUGUAUUCUUUAUAAGGUUUUUUUUUUUUCUUACUCGCGUCAAAAUAAGAGGUUUAAA